CUAAAAUUAAUAUAUGUACUCGCGCGAUAUACGGACAAUAUUUAAAAUCUUAAAAUCAUUUCUACUUCCAUCCAUUCCUCUUCAUUUUCCAUUUUCCAAAAAAAAAAAAAAAUGAGAGAAAUAUUACACAUUCAAGGAGGCCAAUGUGGUAACCAAAUUGGUUCAAAAUUCUGGGAAGUGAUAUGUUCUGAACACAACGUUGAUCUAACUGGUCGUUAUAAUAAUGAUGAAUCAUACGACGAUGACAUACAACUCGAACGUAUUAACGUAUAUUUUAAUGAGGCAGCUGGCGGUCGUUAUGUCCCUAGAGCAGUGUUAAUGGAUCUUGAACCUGGUACAAUGGAUAGUAUAAGAUCAGGUCCAUAUGGACAAAUAUUUCGUCCAGAUAAUUUUGUAUUUGGACAAUCUGGUGCUGGUAAUAAUUGGGCUAAAGGACAUUAUACUGAAGGUGCUGAGUUGAUUGAUUCUGUUCUUGAUGUUGUACGUAAAGAGGCUGAGAAUUGCGAUUGCAUGCAAGGAUUCCAGGUUUGUCACUCACUUGGAGGAGGGACAGGUUCCGGCAUGGGAACGCUCUUGAUAUCGAAGAUAAGGGAAGAGUAUCCAGACAGAAUGAUGCUCACUUUCUCUGUGUUCCCAUCUCCAAAAGUUUCUGAUACUGUUGUUGAACCAUACAAUGCUACACUCUCUGUGCACCAGUUGGUAGAGAAUGCUGAUGAAUGUAUGGUCCUUGACAACGAAGCCCUUUACGAUAUCUGCUUCAGGACUCUCAAGCUCACUAAUCCUACCUUUGGUGACCUGAACCAUUUGAUAUCUGCAACAAUGAGUGGUGUUACAUGUUGUCUGAGAUUUCCGGGGCAGCUGAACUCAGACUUGAGAAAGUUAGCCGUGAACUUAAUCCCCUUCCCGCGUCUUCAUUUCUUCAUGGUUGGAUUCGCGCCACUGACAUCUCGCGGAUCACAGCAAUACAGUUCCCUCACAGUGCCAGAACUCACACAACAAAUGUGGGAUGCAAAGAAUAUGAUGUGUGCAGCUGACCCUCGUCAUGGACGUUACUUAACAGCCUCAGCAAUGUUUAGAGGAAAAAUGAGUACCAAAGAAGUAGACGAACAAAUGAUCAAUGUCCAGAACAAGAACUCAUCAUACUUUGUUGAGUGGAUCCCUAACAAUGUCAAGUCAAGCGUGUGUGAUAUUCCACCAACCGGGCUGAAAAUGGCAUCGACAUUUAUUGGCAAUUCGACUUCUAUUCAAGAAAUGUUUAGGAGAGUGAGUGAGCAGUUCACGGCCAUGUUUAGGCGUAAGGCGUUUUUGCACUGGUAUACUGGAGAGGGAAUGGAUGAGAUGGAGUUUACGGAAGCUGAGAGCAACAUGAAUGAUUUGGUCGCGGAGUAUCAACAGUACCAGGAUGCUACUGCAGAAGAUGAGGAAGAAUAUGAUCAUGAGGGGCCUGUUGAAGAGCAGCAUUAUGAAGGCUAAUGGCUAAGCUAUUAAAAUUUCAUUAUAUUACUAAUGCUGCUUUGUUUGUUUUCUGCAACUGGAUUUGUUAUUGUUUAUGUUUUAACUUUAGCUUCAUUGUAGUAUUUUGGAUAACUCUCUGUGUUUGUGGAUGAAAAUUGAAUGUUAAAUAAUGAUCUACAUUGUAUAGUA